AUGUUGAAGGCGCCAAUCAAGCAAACAGCCGGCGACACUAUCGCAACCCUGUCGUCGCGCCUGUCGUCGGCCACUCUCCUCGAAGACAGACGCGCUGCCAUCCUCGGUCUCCGCUCCUUUGCCAAACAAUAUCCCGCUUCCGUCGCCAGUGGUUCCCUCCGCGAUCUGAUUGCUGUCCUUCGCACCGAUGGUCUGGGUCUGACAAGAGAUGGAGAGGGAGAUGUCGACACGGUGCGCCUGGUCCUCGAGACACUGCUCAUGCUGUUCGAGCCCGACCGUGAGAGUGCCGAGGCCAGUGAGGACAUUGCUCUGUGGUUGGCCGACGAGUUCAGUCAGCGUCAAGACAACAUCACCAUUCUGCUAGACCUGCUCGACCAACCCGACUACUACGCUCGCAUCUACUCAAUCCAACUUCUUACCGCCAUCUCGACUUCCAGGCCUGAGAGAACUCAAGAGUGUAUCCUCCAAGCCCCUCUUGGAACUGCCAGACUGGUCGGUGUCCUGGACGACGGAAGAGACGCUGUGCGAAAUGCUGCCCUGCUGCUGCUGGUCGAUCUGACCAAUGUCUCGCAAACAGAGCUGCAGAAGCUCAUUGCCUUCGAAGACGCUUUCCAACGCACCUUCAACCUCAUUCAGUCCGAGGGCGGUCUCGCAGAAGGCGGCAUCGUAGCUCAGGAUUGUCUCUCCUUGCUUGCCAACCUCAUCCGUCACAGCCACUCGAAUCAGGCCUUGUUCCGCGAAUCUGGCUGUGUUCCGCGCUUGAUAGAGUUGAUCAAGCAGGCUUCGACUGUGCCUGACGAUGAGAACGACUUCAGCCGUAGCGAUCGUGAGAAGAACGCCUGGGGUCUGCUUGCUGUCUUGCGCCUCUUCCUCGAGCGAGGUGAGUUGGGUACCAAGCAGAACCAGGAUGUCUUCUGGCGUAGUGGCGUGCUACACCUCGUCUUGACUCUGGCAUUCGAUGAGAGAGCUGCUCCGCACAUUCGCAUGAACGCUCUCAAGACUUGCGCCGAUGCCAUUAUCUACAACUCUCCGUUGCAGGAGGCUUUUGCUUCGUUCCAAGUACCUGUCACUGCAGAAGCCCCUGCUCCCGUAAAUGGUGUUGCCGCCAAAGUUCAGCCCAAGGUCAUGUAUGUCAUCGAGGCUCUGCUCAAUCUCGUGCUUUCCGCUUCGCCCUCUCGUACUAUUGACCUGCGAUCCGCGGCCUGUUCCCUGAUCAAGGCCUACUUCCAUGGUCACGAUCGGAUCAAGCUCCACUUCCUUCAGCGAGCUAUUGCUGGGUAUACUGAAGGCGAGGAAGAGGAUAUCAACAUUCUCAGCACACUCUUGAAUGGUCCUCAGCUCGGUCCCGCCACUCCCGAUCCACCUCGCUUUGUCUUUGCCAGUGACAUCACAUGCCAGCUUCUGUUCAACUUGCAAGAUGCCAAAUCAAUGCUCAUGAGCGUCUCUGAAGGUGAUGCUGACAAGGGUGAAGAUGUCAUCACGGCCAUUCAAACUCUCUCUGGCCACCUUCUCUCAUCUUUGCAAAACGACCUUGACCCUCAGAUUUCUGUUUCAUACCUGAACUUACUCAUAACUUUCCUUUUCGACGAACCCUCAGCUGUCAACGACUGCUUAGCCGAAGGUUCUUCUCUUAUGGGCGUUUUGAUCGAUAAUGCUCUUCUUACUGCAAACUCGCAAGUUGCUGCUGAUCCUAUAAAAUCCCUAUUACCUGGUCUCUCGGCUAUCUUGCUUGGAACGAUCUACGAGUUCAGUACCAAAGACAGCCCCAUCCCUCGACGAACACUUCAUCCUCUCUUGACCUCCAAACUUGGUCGGCAAAAAUACUUCGAUGCUCUGUUGCAAUUCCGUCAAAAUCCCAUCAUUCGCGACUCCGAGUUCCUUGCCCCUGAGAUCGAGGGCGCUGCUAUCCUCUUUGGUGACGAGUUUGUUGACUGGUUCAAGGAUGAGUAUGGUCGUCUCAAGCGAGUAAUAGAUCGCGAACCUGGAAUUGAGGUCGUUCGUCCUUCGGACGUUGGCGUGGAUCGUGACGUUCUGGAUGACUUACGGGAGAAGAUCAAAGCUCGUGAUGAAAAACUACAACAGAUCGAGCAAGACGACCUGGCUGCUAAGCAGAAAUCAGACCAAGCCGAAGCAGAGCAUCGCCAUCAAAUACAGAGCUUGCAAUCAUCGCAGCGAUCCAUGGAAGCCGAGGUCGAACGCGUCAAGCGUAUUAAUGAAGCCCUGCAACGCGAUCAUGACGUUGAGCUUCAACGAGUAUCUGGCGAACUACGGAGUCAACUUGCCCAAUUCCAACUCGAAAGCCGCAACAACCUUCAAACACUCCGCGAUCAGCACAAACAGGAGCUAGAACGGUUGAAGGGUCAGCACGGUGCUACUCUAGCCAGCGAGCGAUCGCUAUGGGAAGACAAGGCACGCAAAGCUGCCGAACAAGCCACUCGCGACCAGAGAGGAGCUGUAGAUAAGGCUGCAGAAGAACAUCGAAAAGCUACCGAGCAGACUGCAGAGGAGCAACGCAUGCGCGCCGAUCAAGUCGCUUCUGAGCAUCGCAAGACCCUUGAUGAUCUCAAUGCUAUCGUACAACAGAAGGACAAGACAAUCAAAGACCACGAGGCUACCAUCUCUGAUCAUGCCCGCAGCGAGAAGAUUCUCAAGCAAGAACAUUCUGCCACAACAGCCACCCUCGAAAAGCUUCGUUCAGAGUUUGAUACAACCAAGUCUGACAAGGCCAAGCUGGAAAAAGAACUCGAGACAACGAAGACGCUGCAGAAGGAUCUCCAACAAGUCAACACGAAAGCCAUGGCUCGUGUCAAGACCCUCGAGGAAGAAGCCAAAGCCCGAGAAACCAAGAUCCAAACGCUCAACUCGGAAAUCUCUUCCCUGCAAUCCGAUCUCGAAGCCAAGCAACAGAAGAUCUCUGAACUCGAACAAGAAGUCUCAGGUCUCAAGUUGGAACUUGAAGGCGAAAGAAAGGGAUACAAUGACCUCGAAACCGAACUCAACGAUCUCAAGACCGCACACAGCAAGCUCGAGACCUCGAACAAGGACUUUGAAACCCAAAUCGCCGAACUCAAAUCAAAAUCUACACCUCCCGAUUCUUCAGACAAGCUCAAAGCAUUGGAAAAGGAACUGGCAGAUACCAAGAAGAAACUCACUGCCGCCUCCAACGACUCCAAGAACAAGAAAGCUUCCAACAAUGACACCACAGCAAAAUUGGAGAAACAAGUAGAAGCACAGAAAAAGGAAAUUGAAAAGGAAAAGGAAGAAGCAAGCAAAGCGAGAACCGAACUCGAAGAUAUGUUGAUGGUGCUCGCGGAUCUUGAAGAAAAGACCAAGGGCUACAGAGAAAAGUUGAGGAAGCAUGGAGAGGAGGUUAGCGAGGAUGAGGAUGAUGACGACGAAGAUGAAGAUGAUGACGAUGAGGAAGAGGAGUAG